UCGGAAGAGCCAUGGCGGGGUAGACGUCAGCCGAUGGCCAAAUUUCUGGCCAUCGUUACCAUGAGUGGACCAGAAUAGGCGGCCAAGCAUCACCGCGGGACCACCGAGCGAGAAGGGCUGCCCGCAAGGCGCCGCCACAUUCACCGGCACGCAGCGGCAUUCCUGCUGCAAGAUCGACAGCGAUUGGGAGGACUGUCGUGACGACACCGGACAAGAUGAAGUUCGGAUUCGUCGACCUGCCCAGACAGCGACCUCACCAUUCGGCGACAAAGGUCUCGGCUGCCAGUUCAGGCGGUGCUGAAGGGUGCGGCGAUGGGUGCCGCAUCACACCGGGCAUAAAGCAAGAUUGUGGCCCGCUGAGGAAGUACAGCGUUCCGGUGGGCAUCACGCUGAUUCCGAGCAUCGGUGGCGCCGUCUGUUCCCUCUACCUUCGCAAAGAGCACCGACACUGGUACGAGAACCUCCGCAAGCCCGUGUGGUGUCCCCGCCAGUGGCUCUUCUUCCCGGUGUUCAACGCGUGCUACGCCUCGAUGGGCCUCGCCUCGUACAUGGUGUACGUGCAACAGGGCUACCAGGGGUCAUCCAGGCUCGCGCUGCAGCUGUACGGCACGCAGCUGGCGCUCGCCUGGUUCUGGGUGCCGCUGCUCUUCGGACGCCGAAUGCUUGGACUGGCCCUGGUGGACUCUGUGCUGCUGGCCGGUUUCUCCGGUGCGACGCUCUGGUGCUUCGCGCCCAUCAGCGCCGGAGCCGCCGCCAUUUUCGCGCCCACCUUCCUCUGGUCCGUGUACCUCGCGCUCACGUCCCUCUUCCUCUGGAGGCGAAAUACCAUCGUCCUCAAGAACGGCUAAGAAGAACGAGAAAUUCUGGACUUGUCGCUGCCUCCCCUCACCGUAUAUAUAUGGCGCAAUAACCUGCGUUCAUUCGAUGUUGCUUACCCGGGAAUGGGGCCCAAGACGAACGGAGAUCGAGUAAAAGAAAUUAUUGCCAUUUA